AUGGCUAUAUGUCCAAAUACUUCUCUGCCUGAGUCCAAAUGUGUGGAAAAUUGUUAUCCUGGAUUUGUGAAACGGGCUCGGGAAGGAGAGCCUGUUUGCUGCUACGACUGUGUUCCUUGUCCAGAGGGGACCAUCCCCACUCAGGAAGAUGUGGAAAAAUGCACCAAGUGUCCAGAUGAACAAUAUCCAACCAAGAACAGAGUCCGGUGUAUCCCCAAAGUUAUAACCUUCCUGUCUUAUGAAGAACAUCUGGGCAUCAUCCUGGUCUCCUUUGCCCUGCUUUUGUUCCUAACCACAGGUGUCAUUUUAAUCAUAUUCCUUAAAUACAUAGAGACUCCUAUUGUCAAAGCAAACAAUCGGGCCCUCUCCUACAUCCUCUUGGUAUCCCUGCUGUUUUGCUUCCUGUCUUCUUUUCUCUUUAUUGGCCAACCAAGGAAAGCUACCUGCCUUCUCCGACAAACCAUGUUCAGCAUCGUCUUCUCAGUAGCUGUGUCUUCUGUGUUGGCCAAAACAAUCACAGUGGUACUGGCAUUCUUGGCCACAAAACCAGGGAACAGAGUGAGGAGAUGGUUGGGGAAGAGCUUGGCCAACUCCAUCAUUCUUUUUUGUUCUGCUGUCCAGAUGUUCAUCUGUGCCAUAUGGCUGGGAGUUUCUCCCCCAUUCCCUGACUCUGACAUGCACUCCCAGCCUGGAGAGAUCAUUCUUCAGUGCAAUGAAGGCUUGGUCACCAUGUUUUAUGUUGUCCUCAGUUACAUGGGCUUCCUUGCUGCUAUUUGCUUCAUAGUGGCUUUCCUGGCCAGGAACCUGCCAGGAGCCUUCAACGAAACCAAGCUGAUCACUUUCAGCAUGCUGGUCUUCUGCAGUGUCUGGAUCUCUUUCCUGCCCACCUACUUGAGCACCAAAGGAAAGUUCAUGGUGGCCGUGCAGGUAUUCUCCAUCUUGGCUUCUAGUGCUGGGCUUCUGGGAUGCAUCUUCUUCCCCAAGUGCUACAUUAUCAUCCUGAGACCAGAUCUAAACACAAAGGAGCAUCUAAUGAUAAAAAUAGGGAGCUGAUAAUAAAAUUGUUUUUCAGACUCAUAA